AUGGUUUAUUUUCCCCUUGUUUUGUCUGCUGUUGAUAGCGAUUCGUUUGCAGCAUCCGUCGCCUACAGUCGUCCGACCGUCAUGGGUAGAAGCAAGUGUUCAUCAACAAGUAAGGGUUUGCCAAGAUGUGGCUGCAACGAAACCAUGAAGUUGUGGGUAUCUAACACCUUCGAAAAUCCAAGCAGAAAAUUCUGGAAAUGCAGAAAUUUCAUGAAUGGUUGUGGUUUGUUUCUCUGGGACGACAUGGUUAGCGAGGCUGAAGUGAAUUCAUCCAGAUCAAACCUCACCGCAUCGCUCAACCUCUCGCUGUCGAGCUUCUGUUCACGAAUAGCCUUUCAUCCUUCAACAGUCUUCCCCCGUCCAUCAUCAUUCUUCCUCCAUCUACUAUUGCCUCUCUACCUCUUCUCAUCCGUUGGAACAACUCUCAAUCAACACUCACCACAAUCUCUAACAUACUCCUCAGUCGAAUUUCCAGCUGAUAUCCCUUCCCGUCUCCGCUGUUCACAACAACCAACAACUUCUGAACCUUCAAUAGCCGCCCAGAACCUUCCCCGUAACAUAUAUUUCUUCACCAUUUCAGAGUGGCUUUCAAGUAACUCAAAUGUCCACUUCAUCUUAAUGUUACUUUGUUGCUUUUAG